AUGCAAACGACCACCAAUGAGCAAACUGCUCAGGCGAUGAACGAUAUAAAGAAUCAAGUGGGUAAAUUGACAACGGCUAUCGGUGUAUUGCAACAAGAGAAAGGCAAACUACCUACCCAACCUCAACCCAACCCUCAAGGCCAACAUUUUGCACACAGCUCUUCGGUGAUUCUCCCCGAGCAAGCGAAGGCCAUAAUCUCGUUGAGAAGUGGGAAGACAGUUGAUAAUGCCCAAGUGGAGCCGCCGGUCGCGCCGAUCUUGCUACCUUUUCCGGCACCAUUAAAGCCACCAACGCCAAAUGGGGAAUCUCCCAAGCCAGCUCUUACGGAGGAAGAGAAAGGAAAAGCCGAAGAGAGCGAUAUUCCGCCCGCUUUCACCGUUCCUGCUCCAUAUCCUAACCGACUAAAGUCGCCUGCCAAGCCAAAUCUGAACAGUGAUAUCUAUGAAGUUCUCAAGAAAGUGACGGUCAACCUUCCUUUGCUCGAUGCUAUUAAACAGAUUCCAUCGUACGCCAAAUUUUUGAAGGAGUUGUGCACUCACAAACAGAAACUCCAAGUGCAGAAGAAGGUGUUCUUGACUGAACAAGUGAGCUCGCUUUUCCAGUCAACCCUUCCGCCCAAGUAUACUGAUCCGGGCUGUCCUACGAUAUCCAUCACUAUUGGGGGAAAGGUUGUUGAGAAAGCACUUCUAGAUUUGGGCGCAAGCGUGAACCUCCUGCCUUUCUCAGUGUAUGAACAACUCGGGUUGGGGGAAAUGAAGCCAACUCGGGUGACUUUACGGUUGGCGGAUCGGAGUAUCCGAGUUCCCAAAGGGAUGGUCGAAGAUGUUCUUGUUCAAGUUGACCAGUUCGUGUACCCAGUCGACUUCGUGGUUCUUGAUACGUGCCCGGUGCCGGCGGCUCAAUCAUCCGUUCCAAUUAUUCUUGGCCGGCCGUUUUUAGCAACAUCCGAUGCUGUAAUUCAUUGUCGUGAUGGCCGACUUAACAUGAGUUUUGGCAACAUGAAGAUGCAAGUCAACAUGUUCCAUAUCGGUAGCCAAUUGGGCGAUGAUGAGGAUGUGUGCGGAGUAAGCAUGAUCGAUUCACUUGUUCAAGACCACGUCACUACGUUUAUUUGCAAAGAUGAGUUGGAGUUGGCACUGACUUCCGCCGAGGCUGAUUUUCUUGAUGCCCCCGAGGUCGCGUACUUGUGUUCCUUGUUAGAUGAUGAGGAGAUGUGUGGUAUAACCCCGUGGGUUCCAAAAUUUGAGGAGCUACCUCCACUUGAGAAGCGCACCGUUCUGUCUAGCGUGGAACCCCCAGUGCUCGAGUUGAAACCACUACCGGAUACCCUCAAGUACGCCUAUCUUGGCGAAGGCCAAACCUACCUGGUGGUGAUCUCCUCCGCUCUCACCGAACUUCAGGAAUUUCAAUUACUCUCUAAGUUAAGGAAGCAUUCAAAGGCUAUUGGGUGGUCCAUAGCCGAUAUCAAAGGAAUAGAUGGAUCUCUUUGCUCACAUUACAUUUACAUGGAGGAUGAUGUCAAGCCUUCUCGCCAACCUCAACGAUGA